CUUCACAGACAGCCUUUUCCGUCUUGAAAACGUGUCCAAGACUGACAAUACACAUACUCUGCCAUCUCGGAAAACCAUGACUUCUGCUAAUUUUAUGUCCCCAGAUACCCCCUCGACAACCACCCCACCAUGGCAUCAGUUCGAGCGGAAGGUCGAGGAUGUCAAGCCAUCCAAGACUGAUAUAAAUUAUCUAGUCAUGGACUACCUCAUCACCAAUGGCUACCCUGCUGCUGCGAAGAAAUUCGCACUGGAGGCUAAUAUCCAACCCAAAGCAGAUGUGGAUUCUAUCCAGGAACGGGUAGACAUCCGCACUGCGAUCCAUUCUGGCGAUAUCCAGUCUGCGAUCGAGAAAAUCAAUGAGCUCAAUCCUCAGAUCUUGGAUGAGGACCCAUCACUGCACUUCGCUUUAUUGCGUUUGCAACUGGUAGAAUUGAUCCGCAAAUGCUCCUCUACACCAGACGGAGACAUUAGCCCUGCUUUGGAGUUUGCCACUUCUCAGCUCGCACCCCGGGCCCCUACCGACCCUCAAUUCCUUGAAGACUUGGAACGGACACUUUCCCUUCUGAUCUUUCCGACAGAGAAUUUGGCACCCUCCCUUGCUCCUCUUAUACACCCAGACUUGCGUAAGGAUAUCGCCAUCCGUGUCAACGAGGCCAUCCUACAAUCCCAGGGUGCUCGUAAAGAGGCCCGCCUGCGGAACCUGGUCAAGCUGCGCGCUUGGGCAGAGCAGAAGGCCCGAGAAGCUAAGAAGAACAUCCCCGACAAGUUGGCCAUCGGACUUGACGGGAACGUUAAUCAUGUAAACGCCAGCGGGAAUGGCGCCGGCGCUGCUAACGACACUGUAAUGACAAGCAACGGAGACGUUGACCCGAUGAUCUCUUAAUACUCUUUCUUUAAUCUGAUCUUGCCCUUUUGUUAUUGAGCGACCGGCAAGGCGUUUUGGCGCGGAUUACUUGGUAAUGGCCAAGACCUUUAUUUCGUAUUAAUAGUGUGCUCCAAUUAUAUCAUCAUUUUAUUGAAUGCUUAAAUUUUCCUUCCACAUCGUAUCUCUACUAAGAUAUGAGGUUGUU